GACACAGACAGAUAGACAUUACCUUAUUAUUUACAUUUCCUAUUUCCUCAUUUCCAUCACUACUCGUAUAUAACAUUGGCCUUUGAAGCUGAGCAAGCUUUUUCUUGUUGCUUUGCCUCUUCUUCUUCUUCAUCUUCAAGCUUUACAGGAGAGAAAAACAAAGCAGCAAUUAAUCCGGCUUGUCCGAUUCUAUUCCUAUAUGGCCAGGACCGGUGUCGUUUCGUGGCGGAGGAGGUCGGAGAAGCUGGAAGGUUUGGAUCUCUCCAGUUCCGAAGAAGCUCACGUCCUCGCCGUCGAUGACAGCCUCGUCGAUCGCAAGGUCAUUGAGCGCUUGCUUAGAAUCUCCUCUUGCAAAGUGACCGCUGUGGACAGUGGUAUGAGAGCUCUGCAAUUCUUAGGUUUGGACGAGGAGAAGAGCACCUCAGUUGGUUUUGAUGGAUUGAAAGUGGAUCUGAUUAUCACUGAUUACUGCAUGCCUGGUAUGACCGGGUACGAAUUGCUCAAGAAAAUCAAGGAAUCCUCGACUUUUAAAGAGAUUCCGGUGGUGAUUAUGUCGUCUGAGAACGUUUUGGCGCGCAUAGACAGGUGUUUGGAAGAAGGAGCAGAAGAUUUCAUAGUGAAGCCGGUGAAGUUAUCGGACGUGAAAAGGCUUAAAGAUUUCAUGAUGACGAAAGACGUGGUUGCCGGAGGAGUAGAAGAGAGUGGGAUCAACAAGAGAAAGCUAAGAGAACCUUCACCUUCCGAUGAGCCUCCUUCUCCGCCGUCAAUUUUACCGUCAUCACCAACGUCAGCCCUCUCAUCAUCGUCGCCGUCACCAUCACCGUCACCGCCUCUUUCAACAUCGUCCUCGUUCUCAGCUCCAUCGUCGCCCACGUCCCUUGAUUCCCCAAUCACACGGCUCAAAAUGACCAACACUGAUUAGAUCACCAGGCCAGAACCGACCCGACCCGACCCAUACCCUUGGCAACUCACUUUUUUUCGGGUCGAAAACCGCAACUACCCGUUUUAACGGUUUUUGUUGAAUUUACUUUUCUUUUUUUUUCCUGUGUUUUUUUUGUUUGCCUUGAUUUUGUUUGUUUGUUCACUUUGUUGAUAUGUGACUGUGAGUUACACUCAUUAAUACUACUGAUUACUAAUUACAUUCAUAAUCUUAGAUCGAUUAUGUUAA